AUGUGGGUGACAGACAGGCCUGUGGCUGUCUGGGACUUGGUGUGUGCUGGCACUGAGAACAAGCUGAGCUCCCUGUCUGACCUGGAGCAGCAGUACCGGGCCCUGCGCAAGUACUAUGAGAACUGUGAGGUGGUGAUGGGCAACCUGGAGAUCACCAGCAUCGAGCACAACAGGGACCUCUCCUUCCUGAGGUCCAUCCGAGAAGUCACGGGCUAUGUGUUGGUGGCUCUGAACCAGUUUGAGUACCUGCCCCUGGAGAACCUGCGCAUCGUUCGUGGCACCAAGCUCUACGAGGAGCGAUACGCUCUGGCCAUAUUCCUCAACUACAGGAAGGAUGGCAACUUUGGACUCAGGGAACUUGGCUUGAGGAACCUGACAGAGAUACUGAAUGGAGGGGUGUAUGUUGGCCAGAACAAAUUUCUGUGCUUUGCAGACACCAUUCACUGGCAAGACAUCGUGAGGAACCCCUGGGCCUCCAACUUCACUCUGGUUCCAACCAAUGGCAGCUCAGGAUGUGGUCGUUGCCACAAGUCCUGCACAGGACGGUGCUGGGGACCCACAGAGAAUCACUGCCAGACCUUGACCAAGACCGUGUGUGCAGAGCAGUGUGACGGGCGCUGCUACGGGCCCUAUGUCAGCGACUGCUGCCACCGCGAGUGCGCCGGGGGCUGCUCCGGACCCAAGGACACCGACUGCUUCGCCUGUAUGAAUUUCAAUGACAGCGGUGCUUGUGUCACACAGUGCCCCCAGACCUUUGUGUACAACCCCACCACCUUCCAGCUGGAGCACAAUCUCAAUGCCAAGUACACCUACGGGGCUUUCUGCGUCAAGAAGUGCCCACACAACUUUGUGGUAGAUUCCAGCUCUUGUGUCCGGGCAUGUCCGAGCUCCAAGAUGGAGGUUGAAGAAAAUGGCAUUAAGAUGUGCAAGCCCUGCACUGACAUUUGUCCUAAAGCAUGUGAUGGCAUUGGGACAGGGAGUUUGGUGUCAGCUCAGACAGUGGAUUCCAGCAACAUUGACAAGUUUGUAAACUGUACCAAGAUCAAUGGCAACCUCAUCUUCCUUGUCACUGGGAUUCAUGGAGACCCCUAUCACACGAUCGCUGCCAUCAAUCCAGAGAAAUUAAACAUCUUCCAAACAGUGAGAGAGAUAACAGGGUAUUUGAACAUACAGUCAUGGCCUGAGAAUAUGACAGACUUCAGGGUGUUUUCUAACUUGGUUACCAUUGGUGGCAGAGCUCUCUAUAGUGGCCUUUCCUUGCUCAUCCUAAAGCAACAAGGCAUCACCUCCCUGCAGUUCCAGUCCUUGAAGCAAAUCAGUGCUGGCAACAUCUACAUCACAGACAACAGCAACCUGUGCUACUACCACACUGUCAACUGGAGCAGCCUGUUCAGCACCCCCAGCCAAAAGACAGUGAUCCACAGGAACAAAAGGGCAGAGAACUGCACUGCUGAUGGCAUGGUGUGCAACGAGCUGUGCUCCAGUGAUGGCUGCUGGGGGCCGGGGCCGGACCAGUGCCUGUCCUGCAAGCGCUUCAUCCGCGGCAGGACCUGCAUCGACUCCUGCAACCUCUACGACGGGGAAUUCCGUGAGUUUGCAAACGGCUCCGUGUGCGUGGAGUGUGACCCCCAGUGUGAGAAGAUGGAGGAGAACAUGAUCACCUGCCACGGGCCGGGACCUGACCACUGCACAAAGUGUUUCCAUUUUAAGGAUGGCCCAAAUUGUGUGGAAAAAUGUCCUGAUGGCUUGCAGGGGGCCAACAGCUUCAUUUUCAAGUACGCCGACGAGGAUCGGGAGUGCCACCCGUGUCAUCCCAACUGCACCCAGGGGUGUAGAGGCCCAGCUAGUCAUGACUGCAUUUUCUAUCCAUGGACACGGCAGUCCGCCCUGCCCCAGCACGCUAGAACCCCCCUGAUUGCUGCUGGAGUCAUUGGUGGCCUCUUCAUCAUCGUCAUCAUGGGCCUGACGUUCGCCGUGUACGUGCGGCGCAAAAGCAUCAAGAAGAAGAGAGCGCUGCGAAGGUUCCUGGAGACUGAGCUGGUGGAACCCCUGACCCCGAGCGGCACGGCGCCCAACCAAGCCCAGCUCCGCAUCCUGAAGGAGACAGAGCUGAAGAGAGUCAAGGUCCUGGGCUCUGGUGCCUUUGGAACUGUGUACAAGGGGAUCUGGGUCCCUGAGGGAGAAACAGUAAAGAUUCCUGUGGCCAUUAAGAUCCUUAAUGAGACCACUGGCCCAAAAGCCAACGUGGAAUUCAUGGAUGAAGCUCUCAUCAUGGCCAGCAUGGACCACCCCCACCUGGUGAGACUCCUGGGCGUGUGCUUGAGCCCCACCAUCCAGCUGGUCACUCAGCUGAUGCCUCAUGGCUGCCUCCUGGAUUAUGUCCAUGAGCACAAGGAUAACAUUGGCUCCCAGCUCCUGCUGAACUGGUGUGUUCAGAUAGCCAAGGGGAUGAUGUACCUGGAAGAGAGGAGACUGGUCCACAGGGACCUGGCAGCCCGCAAUGUCCUGGUGAAAUCCCCAAACCACGUGAAAAUCACUGACUUUGGCUUGGCCAGGCUCCUGGAAGGGGAUGAAAAGGAGUACAAUGCUGAUGGGGGCAAGAUGCCAAUUAAGUGGAUGGCUCUGGAGUGCAUACACUACAGGAAAUUUACCCAUCAGAGUGAUGUGUGGAGCUAUGGAGUGACCAUCUGGGAGCUGAUGACCUUUGGUGGGAAGCCAUAUGAUGGAAUCCCAACUCGAGAGAUCCCCGACCUGCUGGAGAAGGGAGAGCGCCUGCCCCAGCCCCCAAUCUGCACUAUUGAUGUUUAUAUGGUGAUGGUCAAGUGCUGGAUGAUUGAUGCUGACAGUCGGCCAAAAUUCAAGGAGCUGGCUGCUGAAUUCUCCAGAAUGGCUCGAGACCCUCAGAGAUACCUGGUGAUCCAGGGAGAUGAUCGUAUGAAGCUCCCAAGCCCAAAUGACAGCAAGUUCUUCCAAAAUCUUCUUGAUGAGGAAGACCUGGAAGAUAUGAUGGAUGCUGAAGAGUAUCUCGUUCCUCAAGCCUUCAACAUUCCUCCUCCCAUCUACACCUCCAGGACAAGAAUUGAUUCCAACAGGAACCAGUUUGUGUACCGCGACGGCGGCUACACCGCCGAGGUGCCAAUGCCAUACAGGGCCCCGGGCUGCAUCCUUCCAGAAGCCCCAGCUGCUCAAGGGGCCACAGCAGAGAUCUUUGAAGACUCUUGCUGCAAUGGCACGAUGCAGAAACAGGUGGCAACCCUGGCAAAGGAGGACAGCAGCACCCAGAGGUACAGCGCCGACCCCACCGUCUUCAUUCCCGAGCGGGUGGCGCGGGGAGAGCUGGACGAGGACGGGUACAUGACACCGAUGAGAGACAAACCUAAAACAGAUUACCUAAACCCAGUGGAAGAGAACCCAUUUGUUUCCCGCCGGAAGAACGGAGAUCUCCAAGCUGUGGACAACCCCGAGUACCACAGUGCUCCCAACGGGCAGCCCAAAGCAGAGGACGAGUACGUGAACGAGCCCUUGUACCUCAACACCUUCGCCAACACCUUGGAGAACGCCGAGUACCUGAAGAACAAUUUGCCAGAGAAAGCCAAGAAGGCCUUUGACAACCCAGACUACUGGAACCACAGCCUGCCCCCACGGAGCACCCUCCAGCACCCGGACUACCUGCAAGAGUACAGCACAAAAUACUUUUACAAACAGAACGGACGGAUCCGGCCCAUAGUGGCAGAGAAUCCCGAAUACCUCUCUGAGUUCUCCCUGAAGCCUGGCACUGUGCUGCCCCCGCCGCCCUACAGACACCGCAACACCGUGGUGUAGUGGCUGUGCUCUCACUCAAGUGGAAAGGCAACCCCCUUCUAGCUGCCUCACUCUCGCUCCCCCUUUCUCCCUGCCCCUUCUCCCUCCCUCUCUUUCUCCCAUGAGCUUCCUCUUCUUGCCAGUUCACUCAUUUUUGAU